UAGGGAAGUUGUCAAGAAAAUGAUCAUGCACACCCAAUCUAAAAAGUUGUAUUAAAUCAUAUUAAAAAUGCAACAUGUUCCUUGGUGGUCAAUAGAAAAUAUCAGUGGAAGAAGAAUCUCCUUCACAUAUCCUCUUAAUUAUCUAUUUAAAAUGGUACUAUUAUAUCAACCACUUUUAAAUAAUGUAGKUAGACUUUGCACACAAUUUUUAUUUGAUUGAUUCAAUGUUUACAAAAUGCUCAGUGCACCACAAAAUGGUGCUGUUCAAUAUCGUAUAUCACUUUCAUUUGACAGGGUAGUCAUGUGGUUAAAGCAAAAACCCGGAUUCGAUCUCAGCUCUCACCUGAGUAAACCAACGUGAUCAGCAGCAUCACAUGUCACAUGAGCUUGAUUUGUACUCCGAAGUUUCGAAACCAUCUUUGGUGUAAAUAUCAGACAUGAAUGUAGACAGAACAAAAUGAUCAGAGUUGUAAUUGUAAUGUAAUAAUACAAAUGUUGGCACGCAAUGGAUAUAAUGGAGAAGGUUGGAAUUAAUUUCAAACAGGGGCACAUCAAAUCAACAUUGCCAUGUAGCCUACUGUUCAUAAAACACAUUUCUACAUACUCCUCUUCCAAGAUCAAAAGUUGAACAAAAAUAGAUGCAGAGCAGGGCGGGGAAUUAAAUUCGCUAACACUAAUAGUCCACUCCAUAUUUUGUGACACACGACGGACGCUGGUUUACUGCAGAGGUUUUGAGAGGAGAAAAAAACCGAGCGUGACAAAACAUUGACCGAAAUUACUCGACGAAUUACUGUGCCAUAACCUUGCAACGAAACAACUCCAACAGUCCAAGUUGCUAUCCUGACGACCCAGACUCAAUUUAGCAGUGCAAGCGGCGCGAGUGAACCCGUGAGAACGAAAGCUUCGAGAGCGACAUAAACCCCAGCCAGCGGCAGCGGUCUCCAUUUUAACUUCGAGUCCGAUCUAUGCCUCACGUGUCUUGGACUGUCUCUCUCACAUGACCCGAGUGUUUGUUCCCGUGAUCAGCACUUCCAUCUACGCGUCUGUGUCAGUGAAUAUCACAUUUUAUUCCAACCCUGAUGGAUAUGCACCUCGAACAGAGUCUGGACACCGCGACAAGUCACGAAAAACAAGAGGAGGAGGUCGUCCAAUUAGAAGACGGGGAAGGGGAGCAGACUGCUGUUACCAUAGGCAGUAUUCAGCAGGCCCAGGCAUUCGCGGACCACAACAUUCAGUACCAGUUCCGCUCUGAGGGUGGUCAGGUGACUUACCGUGUUGUCCAGGUAACUGACCAGCAGCUGGAGGGGAGAGAUGACGGGGGAGGGCCGGUUAGCGUGGUCUCCACGGCCGCCUUCCCCGGYGCUCCUCAAGCAGUGGCCCAGGCUGUGAUCCAGAACCCUUUCAGUAAUGGGGGUAGCCCCGUGGGAGAGACGCUGGGAGGGGAGACGCGCUUCGCCUACUUCCCAGCUACGGCUGUGAGCGACGGCACUGUGUCUGUGCAGACCACCUCCGACCCCACACAGGCCGGGGGUCAGUUCUACGUGAUGAUGACCCCUCCUGACGUCUUGCAGACAGGCACACAGCGAACCAUAGCCCCGCGCACACACCCCUACCCUGAAGACGAAACCGAGAUGCUGCAACAUGACGGUUUAAACUGGAAAAUGGAUGGCCCACGGACACCCAGAGAUGAAAGGAGGAGAGCGCAACACAAUGAAGUUGAGAGGCGGCGGAGAGACAAGAUCAACAAUUGGAUCGUCACGCUCUCCAAAAUCAUCCCYGACUGCAACAUAGACAGCACCAAGACGGGRGCUGUAAGUCACUCUAGUAAAGGGGGCAUCCUGUCUAAGGCGUGUGACUACAUCCGAGAGCUCCGUCAGAAUAACCAGAGGCUCCUGGACGGUGUCAAAGAGGUGGAGAGAGUACAGGUGGACAACGAGCUCUGCAGACAGCAGAUCGAGGAGCUGAAGAAUGAGAAUGCCCUUCUCCGAGCGCAACUCCAGCAGCACGGCAUCGAGRGCGUGGGCGAGACGCCGCCACAAUGAACGAGGGAGACGGAGAGCAGGAUGGGUAGAAGGAAGAGGAGAACGAGGCAGCCUGGAGACGACACGUAGGAACAGAACAAAAUGAACGAGCUACUGACGAAUCACUGUUUUUCAGUCGCAGACAGUUAGUCUUCCCUGGCCUUGUCUUUGUGGCUGCAUCCGAGACUCUUGGCAGGCUCCUGCUGCUUUGUUGGCUGCACUUGACUGAUCCAGGAUCAGUUGAAAUGACAAAAGAAGCCACCGUGUACACAAUUGACAUGUCUCAGAGAGAGAACCGGUCACAACCAGCAGAGAAACCCUCUACUAGCCCAGAGAAACCCUCUGCACAACUCCUCCCUCCAUUGACGUUGGAUAUUUUGUUAUUGAGGAGUUUUCCCAUUCUCUUCAGUCAUAUUUUAUUUUAGUCUGUAUUUGUGGUUGAGAUUCAUAUUACCAUUUUUGUUACGUUAGCGGUUUUAAUUUAUUAGUUUGUGUAUUGUUAAAAAUAUGCCCAGAAAGACUCAUUUAGAAAAGCUCAUGUAUCCUAGAGGAAUAGAUGAUGUAUGAGUGAGUGGUAGGUUACCAGCCAGUAGAACAGAAACACGAUACAAAUAAACCGCUGCAUUGCAGAACUAUGUGAAAGAAUGCCUUGAUCGUUGGCAAUAUUAUUAGGUGUUUUCAAAAGUGACACCGAUAUACAGUGAGCUCAAAGUAUUGGGACAUGACACAUUUUGUUGUUUUGGCUCUCUACUCCAGCACUUUAAGAUGAUA